AUGGCGGCCGAGAAGAAAAUCGCGGUGACGUCAUACACCCGUAUGAUUGACUCCAUUAAGGAGCGGGGUAAAAAACUGUUGAUCUUUGUGCGUGAUUUUGAUUCCGAGAAGCUUGAUCGCUCACUUCUCGAAGACAAGCAGGAAUCGGUCGAAGAAAUGCGUUCUUUGUUCCACGAGACCGAGGUUAAAUUGUACGGUGUCAUUAAAGAGGAUGAGGUUUCGGCAUUCCAACAAACCAACGAGGAAGUGGAGGACUUGCUCGACGAGAUCCGCCAUCUUGUUCGACAAAGACUGCGAGAAAUCGAUCCUCCCAAGCCGGUGAGUGAGCAGGUCAAGGUAUCUUCCUCUCAUCAAGCCCAUCCCAAGUUGCCCGACAUUCCCCUCCCUCACUUCAGCGGAAACCCGGAAGAUUGCGAGAAGCUGUUCUACCUGUGGGCGGCCAUUCAAGAUGGCAAAGCACGCUUCAUCCAGUCUGCAGAAGACACUUUUGUCUCUCUGUGGAAAGCUCUUCGCCACGAGUACGAGAACAAACGAGUCCUGGUAGAAAAGCACAUUGCCCAAUUGUUCCACCUGGAGCCCAUUGCUAGCGAAUCUGGAUCAGAUCUGCGGACUCUGAUCAAUGAAGUUAGCCAAUCCCUAAGAGCCCUUGCAAACAUGAAUCUCAAAGUCGAGCCGUUGUCCGAGCAGUUCAUGAUCUACCUGGUGUGUUCGCGUCUCGAUCCAGGUACACGCAAAGAUUUCGAGCUACAGCUGACCAUCAACGCGUUGCCGUCCUGGGAAAAGCUGUUCGAAUACCUCCAGUCCCGGUGCAGGUGUCUUGAGAGCAUAGAGAACGAGGCUAAGGACAAGUCUGCCCCACGUGGUAAGACCACCCCCCAAGAAAGAUCUGCCCCUCGCCAGUCCAAGGCCUUUCCGAUUCAAACAGCUCCUUCACGGUCGAGGUCCAGCAACAGCAACGUGAAGUGCUUCGUGUGCAAGGGUGCGCACUAUUUGAACAAAUGUGGUCAGUUCUUAACCCUGUCUGCGUCGGAUCGUUCUGCCAAGAUCAAGGAGUUGGGCCUUUGUCUAAACUGCUUCAGCAACAAGCACUACCUGAGGGAGUGCCGAAGCAGCUCGUGUCGUACGUGUGGUGGUCGUCACCAUACUCUGUUGCAUCUGCCCCACACUGCCCCAACCUCCAACGUCCCCAACCAAGAGCAAGCACCAACACCAUCACAGAGCAUGUCGUCAUCGAACUCUGUCGUUGGGUGUGACACGUCGUCGAUCCCUUCAGCGAAGCAAUUUGUGCUGUACACUGCGGUGGGAGUUGUUGAGGACGCCUAUGGAAAUUCGAUCAAGUGCCGUAUUUUGCUCGAUUGUGGCUCGAUGCACAAUAUCAUCUCGUCCCGAAUCGUCAACAUGCUGAAACUCCCCAAGGUCAAGGCCAACGUUUGUGUAGCUGGUGUGUCUGGAGCACAACAGUUGAUCAAGAGCAAGGUAGCAGCAAGGAUUCGCUCUACCACGAACCCCGAUUGUUUGUACGAGCUGGAGUUUCUCAUGAUGAAGAAGAUCACAACAGACAUCCCGAUCGAAACCUUUGAUGUCGACCCCGAGCGGUUCCCAGCAGGUGUGCACCUGGCAGACCCUUUGUUCAAUCGAUCGCGACGAAUCGAUAUUCUGUUGGGCAUCCAAACGUUCAAUGAUCUUUUUACGGGCGCGUCGUUUCCUCUGGCAGAUGAUCGUACACUUUGGUGCAAGGAAACGACCUUUGGCUGGGUCGUGGGCGGAGCGACCGAGCGACGAGCAGAUGAGACUUCCACGCGCACGUGCGGAGUCGUGACCAACGAGAUGCUGAGCGAGCAGAUCAAGCAGUUCUGGGACUCCGAGGCCGUUCCAGAAACCCGUGCGCUGACCGCGGACGAGCGGGCAGCCGAGCAGAGCUACUCGGACACUUGCCGGAGACUUCGAGACGGCCGAUACGAAGUUGGACUUCCGGUGAAGGAGAGCAUCCGAGAACUUGGCGAUAGUCGUGCGAUGGCGCUGAGCAGAUUUGUGCAGAUGGAGCGAAGGAUGCAUCGCGACGAGAACCUUCGUGAGCAGUACGUGGCGUUCAUGAAGGACUACGAAGACCAAGGGCACAUGAUCGAGGCGGACGAGGUCCCGGGUGGAUACUUCAUGCCCCACCACGCGGUGUUCAACCCGGCGAGCACCACUACAAAGACGCGUGUCGUGUUCGACGCCUCAGCCGGUACAACAUCUGGGAGCUCCCUGAACGAUCAUCUGUACGUCGGUCCGGCCCUGCAGCGGAAGCUCUACGACAUCGUGAUCCGCUUCCGUUUUCCCCAGUUCGUGUUUACGGCCGACAUGACCCAGAUGUUCCGACAGAUUCGGAUUCGAUCAGAAGACCGGAAGUACCAACAAAUUUUCUGGCGGAGGCAUCCAGAUGAGCUCGUGAAGGUGUACCAGCUAGCUACGGUGACGUACGGGACAGCCUGUGCACCAUUUUUGGCAACCAGAACUUUGGCGCAAGUGUGCAAAGACGAGAUCGAGCGCUUUCCCCUGGCGGCGAAGGCGGGAACUGACGACGUGUACAUGGACGACUUGUUGAGUGGUGCUGACACGCUGGAAGAAGCGUUGGCGCUGCAGAAGGAGUUUGUCGCGAUGAUGAAGUCGGCUGGAUUUGACCUGCACAAGUGGGCAUCCAACCACCCGGACCUGCUGAAGUCGGUUCCGAACGCCGACAACGAGCAGGACGCGUUCUUCAAGGACCAGAAGACCACGCGAACAUUGGGGUUAACUUGGCAACCCAGCAGCGACAAGUUCCUCACCAAGCUGCACGAGAUUCGCUUCAACACUGGGCCACCGACGAAGCGAUCCCAGUACUCUGACAUCGCGAAACUGUACGACCCGAUCGGACUGCUGGGUCCUGUCAUCUUCAAGGCGAAGGUGAUGAUGCAGAAGCUGUGGGAAGUUGAGGUCGAGUGGGACGAUGUCUUACCAGACACCGAGGAGUGGGAUACCUUCCGCAACCAGAUCGCCGAGAUGGGUGAAAUUGAAAUUCCUAGAAACGUAAUCCCACACCCAAAUCCGCUCCAGAUAGAACUGCAUGGCUUCAGCGAUGCAUCGAUGUUGGGAUACGGAGCAGCUGUCUACGUUCGGUGCGUGUACAGCAGGGAGUACAGCACAGUCAGAUUGCUCACCUCAAAGUCUCGAAUCGCACCCAGCAAAAACGCAAAACAGACCAUUCCGCGCCUAGAACUUGAUGGCGGGCUUGUACUUGCACGACUAAUCUCUAACCUAACGCACAUAUUGAGCAUUCCCUUUACUAGAAUAGUUUGUUGGAUGGAUUCCACCGUGGCGCUUUCCUGGAUCCGGACCGACCCAGGCAGACUCGACACCUACGUCAGCAACCGAGUCAUUCAGAUCCAAGAACUGACCAAGAACUUUGAAUGGAAGUACGUCAGCACGCACGAGAACCCCGCUGAUGUACUCUCUCGCGGCUUACUGCCGACCGAAAUCCGAGAGUGUCCGAUCUGGUGGCAAGACGAGACGUAUUUGGACCAGAACGAGCCCCUCUGGCCAGCCCAACCUCCCACCAUACCUGUAGAGCAACUCCCGGAAACGCGAAACCCAACAGUAAGCCUCCCAGUCACUGAUCCUCCUGCCAUGUUCAACCUGUUCGAGAUCGAGAGCAGCUUCCGGAGAAUGCAGCGAACGAUGGCGACGAUGCUGCGGUUCAUCGACUGCAUCCGGAAGGACGAUCAACGAGAGCGUCGGAGCGGACAUCUGACCAUCGCCGAACUCAACCGAGCAACGGCGGCGCUGACGAGCAUUGCUCAACGAGAGGCGUUCCCCGACGACUUUCAACAGCUGGAGUCCGGAAAGGUAAUUCACAGUAGAAGUAAACUAAUCACCCUCUGUGUGUUCCCAGACCGUUCUAAGUUCAACGUGCUGCGAGUGGGCGGACGGCUCCGUCACUCCAACCUCACCGUGGGUCAGAAACACCCCAUGGUCUUGCCGUCGAAGCACCCGUUCACCGACGCCGUGGUACGGUCCUACCACGAGGAAUUUCUACAUGCCCCGCAGCAACUGCUGCUGAGCGCGUUACGGCAACGAUUCUGGGUGCAGCACGGGCGCAGUACGGUGCGUAAGAUCAUUCGACGAUGUGUCACUUGCUUCAAGGCGAAGCCGGUGGCUAUGCAGCAGAUGAUGGGCGACCUACCCAAGGCCCGUCUCGAAGGUGUGUGCCCGUUCUUCAACGCUGGUGUGGACUUCGCUGGCCCGAUGUACAUCCGCCAGCACAACAAGCGUUCGACGGUCACAUACAAGGCGUACGUGGCGGUCUUCCUCUGCUUCGCUACACGUGCCAUACACCUGGAGCUUGUGGGAGACCUGACGGCCGAUGCGUUCAUCGCCGCCCUGCAACGUUUCGUCUCGAGGAGAGGUAAACCGGUCAAGCUUUUUUCCGAUAACGGUCUUAAUUUCGUCGGCAGCAAGAACAAGUUGAGGGAUCUGUACGAGCUGUUUCGGUCCCAGCAACUCAAGGGCAAGCUGGACGACUUCUGCACCAAGACCUCGAUCGACUGGCGCAUGAUCCCUCCCAACGCUCCGCACUUCGGAGGACUCUGGGAGGCCGGCGUGCGCUCUGCCAAGUACCACCUCAAGCGGAUCACCGGGACAGCCAACAUGAACUUCGAGGAGUUCACGACCGUUCUCGCUCGCAUCGAGGCUGUGCUGAACUCGAGACCGAUCAGCCCGAUGUCGGAGGACCCAACCGAUGCCACACCUCUCACGCCUGGUCACUUCCUGGUGGGACGACCGUUGACCGACAUCGCCGAACCAGACCUGUCGGACCGCAAAGAGACGACCCUGUCGCGUUGGCAGCGGCAGACGCAGAUGGUGCAACACUUUUGGGCUCGCUGGCACCAGGACUACCUCACAACCUUGCAGAACCGAAACAAGUGGCACAAGCGGUACGAGAUCAAGCCUGGGCAGCUAGUGAUCAUCCGAGAGGACAACGUGCCGACGAUGCAGUGGAAGCUAGGGCGAAUCGAGAACGUCAUCCCGGGUCCUGACGGCCUAGUGCGGGUGGCUGACGUACGAGCUGGCAAGAAGGUGAUUCGACGGGCGAUCGCGAAGCUGUGCCUGUUGCCGAUCGAGGACAACGACGCUGAACAACCCGAAGCUGAGGCUGCAGACGACGGCAGCAACGAUCAGGAAGAACAAGAAGAUUGA